AUGUGUGCCAUACACUGCCAAGCCCUGGGAACUGCUGCCAAUGGGCGAUUGUUUGCUUAUGAGAGCGGCAAGUGUGAAAUAACAAUGUCGAAUUUAGUAGAAGGCAUGUUUCAAAACGAAUUAAAAAUAUUGCUGGGUACACGGGCAAAGUUACCACAGUCGAAACUCUUACAAUUCGAUCUUUACACCCGACUGAAUCCUCAGAAGCGACAAUUGUUGCGCCCAGGUGAUGUGGAAGUGCUUAAAAAUUCUAAUUUCAAUGCCAAGUGGCCAGUUAGGAUACAAAUUCAUGGCUGGGCAGGAAGCAGUUCUAGUUGCUCCAAUGCAGCUAUCAAGGAUGCUUAUUUAUCGCGAGGUGAUUUUAAUGUCAUUAUAUUGGAUUGGAGUCGCCAGUCAUUGGACAUAAGCUAUCCCCGUGUCUCCAGACAAUUGCAGUCAAUAGCCCAAACUUUGGCCAAAUUCAUUAGGUUUUUAAAUGAGACGACUGGAGUGCCGUUUGAACAAUUUUAUCUAGUUGGUCACAGUGCUGGCUGCCAUAUCUCAGGUUUAACAGGAAAAUUAUUAAAACCACAACGUUUGGGAGCAAUUAUCGCUUUGGAUCCUGCUGGACUUGUACAGCGGUAUUUGGGGCCCAAGGAGCGAUUGGCCCCCGAUGAUGCCAACUACGUGGAAUCCAUUCACACGGAUAUCACAUUGCUGGGCAAUCCCAGUGAUCGCUUGAGUCAUGCAUCUUUCUUUGUCAAUUGGGGUCUCGGCCAGCCUCAUUGUCCGAAUGGAACGGCCACAGAAUUUGAUUUCGUAUGCGAUCACUUCGCUGCCUUGUACUACUAUGUCGAGUCAGUGCGUCGCCCCCAAAUGUUUGGAGCUGUGCGUUGUAAUUCAGUAGAUGACAUUCAAGCGGCGACCUGUGGAUGUGCAGCGCCUUCGUCAUCACUCUGCACUCCCAACGCUUUUAUGGGCGGUGAGCCAGCAGUGCCCAAGAAAGGUGUCUAUUAUUUUAGUACGCGGCAACAUUUGCCUUUUGCCUAUAACGAUAACUUAGUCCAUAUACAAAAGCCCCAACCUUCGACCGUGGCAGCAAUGCGACCAUUAGGCAGGUGAUAUUAAAACGGCCUGUCAUAUAGUUGGUUGAUUGGUGUUGUUGGAAAAGGGAAAAAGCGCUACUGCCAAAAGCUUAAUUCUAGGUGC